ACAAUAUCCGUAAGAGUUCCAGGACAACUGAAAAGAGUAAUCGAAGAAAGAAAGAGAACUUAUUACCAAAAAAAAAAAAAAAAAGAAAGCAAGAGAACUAGUGGGUGUUUGUUUUGUGGGAAUUGGAGAAGAUGAAAGAAGAUUACGAGACUGAAGAGAGGAAACAAGCUGCUGCAGAUGUUUUGUUCAAUUACUCCAAGUUUGUGGCGGCCUGUAUUGGAAAUCGUGUUCGUCCUUGUGAUUUGAGAAUGCAUCUUAUGAAGGAGAUAUCUGGAAUUCCUACGUCCCUGAAGCAGGAGUCAUUUCCAGUUGCAGCUUCUCCAGCUGCUAUGGGCGACUCAUCAAGUUCUGGUACUAGUAGCGGAUCCAAGAUUGUAUACUCCAUAUAGAACCUUAUUAUAGUUGUGUUCUAUCAUCACUCUCAACAUUUCAUCUUUCUUGUACAUGUCUGCCAUGACUGUUGUGACCUAUUCUGGUUAUACUACCAAAACCAAAGUAAUUCAAACUACUUUUUGCUGAUUAAA